GCCGCGGGGCGGGGCCGGGCACGGACGCGGGUUAUAGGGCAGGCUGGGCGCUCCGGGGAGUGUAGUCCGCUCGUAGCUGGACGCGAGGGGCCCGCGGGACCCUCUGGACUGCGCAGGACAUCGCAGGACCCGGAACCUUCCGACCGGGCUAUGGCGGCCGCUCCGGGCGCCCGACUCCUGCGCGCCGCCUGCUCCUCCGUCGCUUUCCGUGGCCUGGAUCGCCGCUGGCUGCUGGCCUGUGGGGUCCGCGCGGGAACUGCAGUCCCUCAGUGGACCCCGAGCUCCGGCGUACCCGCAGAGGCCGGGCGGGGGCGGCCGCUGAGCUUGUCUGCGCGCGCGUGGAGCAGCUCAGAAGAUAAGAUAACAGUCUACUUCAAGAACCGUGAUGGUGAAACUCUAAAGACCACAGGCAAAAUCGGUGACUCUCUGCUAGACGUUGUGAUUGAAAAUAAUCUGGAUAUUGAUGGUUUUGGUGCUUGCGAGGGAACUUUGGCCUGCUCUACCUGUCACCUUAUCUUUGAGGAUCAUAUAUACGAGAAGUUAGAUGCCAUCACUGAUGAGGAGAAUGACAUGCUUGACCUGGCUUAUGGACUAACAGCCAGGUCACGGUUGGGCUGCCAAGUCUGUCUGACCAAGGCUAUGGACAAUAUGACUGUUCGUGUGCCUGAGGCAGUGGCGGAUGUCAGACAGUCUGUUGACAUGAGCAAGAAUUCCUAAGAUACAAUAAAAAGAAAUAUUUUCAUGAAAAUUUUACCUAUUUUUAUAGUUAUUUCUCAGUAUAAUUAAGUGAUUACACAAUAAAAUGUAUUUCUCAGUGUGAGUAGCUCUGCUGUCUUAAGUCAGUUUGUAGUCCUGAAAGUCAGCAGUUUUUGUUUUGAUUAAAUUAUUAAAAUGUCAGUUUAAUUUUAGAAGAGAACUGAUAUAAUAAACUCCUUACACAUUUUCCCCUGAGUGUGUCAGUGAUUUUAGCAAAACAUUACUGUGUAAUCUUAUGUCUGCUUUUUAAGAGGUAAGUUUAAAGAGAGUGUCACUGGGCCUUGAGAGUUAGAGUAGCAGGGUCAGAACACUGGCUGCACUUCCAGAGGACCCAGUCAAUUCCUAAACCCACAUGGCUGUUCAUAAUGCUUUGUAACUCCACUUGUUGCCUCCACAGACACUACAGUUUUUCUUGUUUCAUGUAGGUAGUAGAUUGCCAUCUAACAUGACUUGCCCAGGGUGUAACCAGAGAAUCUGUGGCUUCUGGCUGUCAGUUUUAUGUCAGACUGAAACUGGAGAAAUUAUGAAGAUCUUAACCGAGGUUGGCAGAGCUGUAUUACAGAGGACAUCAUGUGACCUCUCAAACAGUACAGACACAGACUUUCCAAAACUGGCUGUGAUUGACAUGGCCCACUGGAACCACUGCAACUGGCCCUUUAAUUCAUGAUAAUGGCAUUUCUGUAUCAUUAGCCUUAAAAACUUCUGUUCCUGCUGUCCACCUCGUACAAGGACAUAUUCAGAAACUCUACUUAGGGAUAAAAGGGGUGAGGAGAGUUAACCCUAUUUGGGGGAAAUCUCGACCCAUUCCCAGAAUUCUUUAGUGUGCCUUAACUUAUGACUAUUUUCCCCCUCCUUAAAGUUUGCCUAUAAUACACUGUCUCAAGGUCCAUACUACCCAUCUCAGAAGCCUCCAUUCACCUUUGGGUGUGUCCUUUUGUACUACAAUAAAACACUUCCCAGUUCUUA